AUGAAGGCUCUUCUUCUUUCCCUUGUCUUGCCUGCUAUAGCCAGCGCUUCUGCAUGUAAACCAAAGCCCCCUAAGUCGAAAACCGCUUGCAAGUUAGCUGCUGAUAACAGCGUGGAGCUGAGUUCCGGCUUCGGCUACGAUGGGGGUUGUGCUCCCAGCACCGGAACUCUCAACAGCUUCAUGAUCUUUGUCGACUUUUCUGAUGCUGAAUCCGCUCAAGGCGAAACCCCCAAAUCGCUCUACGACGCUGUGGUCCCCCAAACCACCGAAUGGUACAAGCAGGCCUCUUACGAGGCUCUGUCUUUCAACAUCACGGCUGAUUUGACUAAGUUCUACCGCAUGCCCAAAUCCGCGGCGUCGUAUGGCUGGGAGCGAGGCCUUACAUGGGUAGAACAUCAAGAAUACAUUCAGGAUGCUCUCGACGCCUAUACAGACAAAGGCACUCGCCCCCCGCCCCCGGAAUCAGAUGUCCUCUACGUUGUUCCUGUGAACAGCGCUGGGGAAAGAGGAAUCUCUCGAUCCAUCACUUUCGUUACAGGAGCCAGCACCAGACAGGAUGAUUACGUUGCCAAGAAGACGGUCACGAUCGGAAGCGACGCAUUUACAUCCCGAGGAUCGAAAAGCUGGAUUGUCUUGGCUCACGAGACGGGACACACCAUGUGCUUGGCUGACUACUACCCGUUCGAAGAUCUUGACCUGGGUUAUUAUGUUGGUGGCUGGAGUGCCAUGGGGGAUGUCUCUGGCAUUGCCCCCGAUUUCUUCGCCUGGGAUAAAUGGCGCAUGGGCUGGCUUAAGGACGAGUCUGUCGACUGCGUUGCAGAACGAGGAACUACUGAACACACUCUUUCACCACUGGAGCUGGAGACUUCUGAAAAGGACAUCAAGGCCGUUGUCAUCGCCGUCAACCAAACUUCGGCACUUGUCGCCGAGGCUCGUAUCCGCGAGGGUAUUGACCCAGGCGUCUGCGCCCCCGGUGUCUUGCUAUACACUGUCGACACCUCUGUCAAGACAGGCUAUGGCCCUCUCAGUGUUCUUGAUGUUAACCCAGGAUCAAGUGGCUGCGGUACUGAUAGUGCUUACGACAAGAAUGAUGGAACGCUGUCCCUGAUUCCCGGCGGAGUUACCGUAGUCAAGCAGACGGAGAAGAGCUAUACUAUCCAAGUUGAAGCCGAUUUUUAG